UUUAGGUAAACAGGAGCUGUCAGCACAGGCAGAACUUAACAUUAUAGCAUUGAAACGGAGGCGUUUUUAAACAAAGACAUUUGUAUUUCUGUCUCCUAUUGAUCGACACCCGAAUGACCGCUGCUGCCUGCGACGUUAUUAAAGGUUUUAAAGGGACCGCAUUGACAAUCUACAAUGUUCACAGACAUGGAUUAUGAGCUGGAGGAGGACAAGUUAGGGAUACCAACAGUACCGGGUACUGUGAACCUGAAGAAAGAUGCUAAUAACCUUAUUGGGAUCAGCAUCGGCGGGGGAGCACAGUACUGUCCUUGCCUCUAUAUUGUCCAGGUCUUCGAUAACACCCCAGCAGCUUUGGAUGGCACGCUGGCAGCAGGCGAUGAAAUCACGGGUGUGAACGGGAAACCAGUGAAGGGAAAAACUAAGGUGGAAGUGGCCAAGAUGAUUCAAGCUGUUCAGGGAGAAGCAGUAAUUCACUACAACAAACUGCAGGCUGACCCAAAGCAGGGCAAGUCUCUGGAUAUAGUGCUGAAAAAGGUGAAACAUCGCCUGGUGGAGAACAUGAGCUCUGGCACCGCAGAUGCUCUGGGACUCAGUAGAGCCAUUCUGUGUAAUGAUGGACUGGUCAAGAGACUGGAAGAGUUGGAGAAAACGGCAGAACUCUACAAAGGGCUGAUGGAGCACACUAAGAGACUACUCCGGGCUUUCUUUGAGCUUUCUCAAACGCACAGAGCAUUCGGAGACGUUUUUUCCGUCAUCGGCGUGCGAGAGCCUCAGGCUGCAGCCAGCGAGGCGUUUGUGAAGUUUGCCGACGCCCACCGCAACAUUGAGAAAUACGGCAUUCAGCUGCUGAAGACCAUCAAACCCAUGCUCCACGAUCUGAACACGUACCUUCACAAGGCCAUACCGGACACCAAGCUCACCAUCCGCAAGUACCUGGAUGUGAAGUUUGAAUAUCUGUCUUACUGCCUGAAGGUGAAGGAAAUGGACGAUGAAGAAUACAGCAGCAUCGCAAUGGGAGAGCCUCUGUAUCGUGUCAGCACCGGCAACUACGAGUACCGGCUUGUGCUGCGGUGUCGGCAGGAGGCGCGAGCUCGCUUCGCCAAAAUGAGGAAAGACGUGCUGGAGAAGAUAGAGCUCCUGGACCAGAAACACGUUCAGGACAUCGUGUUCCAGCUGCAGCGCUUCGUCUCGGGCAUGUCCCACUACUACGACGAGUGCUACGCCGUGCUGAAGGAGGCCGACGUCUUCCCCAUCGAGGUGGACCUCUCCCGCACCAUGAUCAACUACAGCAGCCAGUCCCUCUCUUACACCGAGGACGAGGACGACGAGGACGGGGGAGGAGGCGGCGGCGGCGGCGGAGGAGAGGAAGGCGGGAGCGGCGCAGACAGACAAGCUGAGAACGGCGCCGAGAAACUGAUCGAUGACGAAUGAGUGUGUGACGUGCGCGCUCGUGCGUUGUCUCAUUGAGUUGUUCAAAAGAGUUGUAUUUAUUGUCAACACAGCCACCUUUGUGUUGGAGUAUAGCAGCUAACUAACCCUGUUCUCCGAAAAGUCAAUACUGCUUAUUCAUUUCUGCUGCUAUGAUGCUGAAUGUUGGUCUUGGUGUGGAGUUUUUUUUUUUUUUUCUCUCUCUGUCAAAUCUACUGCUUUGUGGUUAUUUAAAUGAAUCAUUUGACUUUUAGCUGUCGAUAAAAA